UGCAUCCGGAAGGUCGGCUGCAGCGUGGAUUGCAGGUGCAGUUCUGAUUAUGAACUCUUCAGAAGGUUUCGUGAGCUUCUUGGAAGGAGACAGCUUGUGCGAGAAGUUUCUCCGUAUAGAGCGGGAGCAGACUGUACGCCUGAGGGAACUCACUUUCCUCGAACCAGUCCAAUAUGUUUACAACCCACUCGAUUAUGCCUGGGAACCCCACCAAGACUACGUGCGUAAAUACUGCCAAACACGCAAGAAGGUGCUCUUUCUUGGAAUGAACCCGGGGCCCUUUGGUAUGGCCCAGACUGGGGUGCCCUUUGGAGAGAGAAGCGCUGACUGGUGGAGACUGGCGAAUGCGAUGGACAGGUGUCAUGUUAACAUGGAGCACCAAAGACCAAUCUGGGGCCUGGAAUGCCCCCAGACGGAGGUGAGCGGUGCCCGCUUUUGGGGUUUCUUCCGUUCUGUGUGCACCAGCCCUGAAGCGUUCUUCCGCCACUGCUUUGUCCACAACCACUGCCCACUGCUCUUCAUCUGUCAGAGUGGCCGCAACCUGACCCCGGCUGAACUGCCAGCUGCUCAGAGGGAACGGCUCCUGCAGAUCUGUGAUGACGCCUUGUGCGAGGCUAUAAAGGUACUGGAUGUUACUAUGGUAAUUGGCGUGGGGCGCUUUGCUGAACAACGCGCCCGCAAAGCCCUUGGCAUAGAUAGUCGCAGUGGGGGGGUGAUGCAUCCGUCACCUCGCAACCCCCAAGCCAACAAGGGUUGGGAUGCCAUCAUCAGAGCAAAGCUGGAGGAACUGAGUGUGAUGGGGCUGGUCACAGGCUGGUGGAUUCAAGAUCCAGAAAAUGACUGAACUCUGGGUGUCCUUUGCAAUUUUGGACACAACUCUAAUGGAAUAACCUCUGGGCUAAGGGAGAACUUACAAAGCAACUAUGACACUACCUCCCCCUUGCCACUUUUUGCUUCUAUUUACAUUACAUCUAUUUGUAUUUCUGAGACCCACUUCUUCAGAUCUUUCUGGAUCCCAAAGCUGGACCUUCUCUGGGACUUAAAUGGCUUCGCACCAAUUGUAUGAGAAUUGCUCAUCCGUUGUCUUCUAGUUCUGCUCUAGGUAUGUGUGACACCAGAAGAGCCAGUGGUAGCAGCUGCUGCACCGUUGCGCAAAAGAUGAAUCCUUAAGUAUCUACACACUAACCAUGUUCUGAUUAGGAGGAAAGGUAUCUAUCCUACUACAUUCCUGCUCUGAUUUUCACUACCAACCUGGUCACCAGAUCUCUGAACAAGGCCGAUGGAUUAAAGACAACCUGCUCUCCUUCAGAAAGACCUAAAAGACCCUUCCUUUCUACAUCCAUUUUUGAAGGACAGCAGUAUGUUCACAAUGAACAGGGGAAGGAUGUGUUAGAACAAAGAACUGUAAUCAAGCUAAUAACUGCCCUUGUUGGGCUUCCCAGACCCUUGACUGUAUGUAUGGAACAAAUAACAAUCACAGUAUACGAAAUAAGCUACCGUUCAGCCCACACUAAACUAGUGUGAGAUAUAUAGAAACAAAACUCAGCAUGAACAGAGUACUGAGAAAGGUGAUUGCGGGGUAUCUGUAUCUGAGCAAAUUGAUUACGGAGUUUGAUUAUUGUUUAUCUGUACCUCCCCACAGUUGUCGUGUUUACUGGUCACUAGGAUGGAGAGCAGCUUCCCUUGGAUGCUGUGAGCCAAUCUUCUCAAACUUGGAAGGAUGCAUGGUUAGUUUGAGGAGCAUUGUAGGGGAAACUCAGUUCUUCUGGCAUUUCCACUGCAACCAACCCAGUCAUGGAGCAUUAAACAGAGAUUGCUUUCAAGAUUCAUUUGCCCAGGAAAACAAGCUGUACCCUUGUUCUCCCAGUUCUGGAGAGAACUAGAUCCUGUGGUUAGAUCCUGUGACUGUGAUGCAUGGUAGGACCCUUUGCUUCUGACACUAAGGGCCAGUGUGCACACUGCUCCUGAAUCAACUAUUGGCACCUUUCUAAUAGCGUUGGUGGAAUUGAAAUCUUGUGGUGCACAGCUGCUUAGGACUGUGCCAGUGUAGUUAUGUGAAUAGGCUUUAACUCUGAACAAUGAGCUUAUUUCUGUGUGGUUCCAAGAUGCCGAAACAUAAAUUACCUUGGCUGUCUUUAUGUGGUGUUUUCAGUUGCUUUGGCAUUCUGUGGUCAAGAGCAUCUGCAGCUAUCAGCAACCCAUUUCUGAUGGGACAGCCAUGAGUUGUUGGGCUAAAUUCCUUUAUUUAUAGUUGAAUUUACAGGUUGCCCUUCUUCGGACCAGCUCAGGACAGGUCACCACAUACUCAUAACCACCCAUGUGAACCCAUAUUGCAACAUACCUGGUCUUUCAAAGAUAGGAAUUAUCAUCUUGUCCUGAAUCAGUGUGGUUUAAAAGCUGUGCCGCAGACUUUUGUCCCAGGUUUUGCUUAAAAGAUUCCAGCGCAACAAUUAAAUAACACUAUGAUUUUAAAGAUUUUGAUUUGUGAUUUUUUUAAAAUGAGAGUCAGCAUGGUUGAGAGUGGCUGACUUUAAUCUGGAGAACCAGGUUCGAUUUCCCACUCCUCCACAGUGGUCCAGUCACAGUUCUUUCAGAACUCUCUCAGCCAUGCGGAGGCAGGCAAUAGCAAACCACCUCCAAAUGUCUCUUGCCUUGAAAACCUCAAGAGGUCACCAUAAGUCACCUGUGACCUGAUAGGGCAUGUUCACACACACGGGCACACAGAAGCAUAUCGGGCGGGGGGGGGGGGGGGGGAUGGUGUCCAGAGACAACUCCUUCUCCAAGCAUCCCCCAUGUUCAUGCCCCUGUGCCCCUGUCCCCGUGCCCCCGUCCCCCAUGCUCAUGCCCCCGAGCCCUGCCUCUGCCUCCGUGCAAGCUGGCUUUCAAAAGACGGCCUGCAUGGAGGCGUAGUGGAGCACAUGUCUGAGCCAAGCCCCCAUGCCAUGCAGAUCAACUUUUGGCCAAAAGCCGGGGGGUGGGGGGUGGAGGGAGAGAGGCUGUACUUCAGAUUUAGUGGAUCGUACUUGGUUCUAAGUCCUUGCAUCUCCAGUUAAAAUAUCUUGGGAUCAUACUUAGAUGGAAUGGCAGCAGCCCUGCUUUCUCAGAACCUAAGCCUGCAAAGCAACAGUGAGGAUUUUUAAAGCAGAAGGGAUACACCUGUGUAUACAAGCUAAUGCUCUCCCUUUGCUGGUUGCUCAUCUCCUUCCAGUCUGUGACCUCUAAAUGCUUUUUUCCCAAUACAGCUUGGAGAAAAAUGGCAGGUUUGUGGAGAGUUCGGCUCUCUUCUCCCAAACAUCCCUUCUGCUCUAAAACAUUCCUCGUUGUACAUCGAGGGUCGGCAUCAUUUCAUGACCAAAGAACCAGACAGUCAACUUUCAGAGAGAGAGGGCAACAAAGAACCAGUUUGAAAAAGCCACUUGCCUAACUAAGGGUAUACAGUUGAACAUCAUUGAUCGCUGACGUGUGUUGAUUGUGUGUGUGUAAAGUGCCGUCAAGUUGCAGCCGAUUUAAGGCAACCCAGUAGAGUUUUCAAGAUGAGAAACUAACAGAGGAGGCUUGCCGUUGGCUUUUUCUGCUUAGAGACCCUGGUAUUCGUUGGUGGGCUCCCAACCCUACUUGGCCUCUGAGAUCUGACAAGAUCGGCUAGCCUGGUCCAUCCAGGCCAGGAGGACAUCUUGAUUAAUAGUAGACAACAGUUUUUGCAUCCCUCAACGCUUCUUAUUGUCUGUCCUUUAUUAGGAAUUGUCAAACAUAGAAUUUCUUAGUCAGUAGUAAAUAUGUACCAGAGUGACCAGUGUGAUGUUUUUCGAGCAGUGGCAUAAUUCUGUAUUUGGAUGUUUGGCAACUGUUCACCUUUAUUUAUGGGGAAUUCAGAUUAGCCUGUGCACUCCCACACACGCCAGCUGGGUGACCUUGGGCUAGUCCAGGGGUCUGCAGUUGGCCAUGGUGGCAGGGGCUGAUGGG